CCCCUACUUCUUCACACGACGAAAGACUUUCGCAGAAAAGUCCAAAAUAAAAUUAAGGACCAACAAACCCCACAUUUUUGUCCCCGAAGGUAGUACCUCGAAAAUUCAAGCUCAUGGUAUCCGUCGCAAGCGAUUAUAUCUGUGUGGGCGGAAAUAGGCAUCCCGCCGCCGCUGACUGGGACGUCCAGUCCGGGGUGCUUGCCUUUGGUGCUGACAAUAAUGUGGCUUUGUGGGACCCUAAGGACACGUUUCAGCGUGGAGUCUACUCUCUUCUCGUCGGCCAUACCGAUAAAGUUAAUGCCGUCAGGUUCUACACAUGUCCCAUUACGGACACAAAAUUCCUUGUUACUGCUUCCGCCGAUCGUACGGUCCGGAUAUGGAGAGCUGUCACAGGCAAUAAUAGCCACUUCACACUCGCGCAGACUCUAGAAGGCCAUACAGGCUCGGUUAAUAUACUUGCGGUUAGUGAUGGUGCGGAUAUCAUUGUAUCUGGAGCAGCGGAUGGAAGUGUCAAAGUCUGGAGGAUAAGGGCUCAAGGGGAAGUAGCUAAGGGCGAGCUACUAAAAACCAUAACUAUGACACCGCGACUUUUCCCAUUGGCAUUAGCACUGAAGCCGCUUCAGACAGACGGGCCCAUGGUAUUGGCGGUUGCAGGCACUGCCAACAUCGUACAAAUCUAUGUUACCGAAAACGCACGCGGGAAUCUUGAUUUCAAGAUCGCUGCUGUGCUAUCUGGUCAUGAGGCUUGGGUGCGCUCUCUGUCCUUUACAUGGGAUAAACAAAGUCAAACGGGGGAUCUUUUACUUGCGUCUGCGAGUCAGGAUAAAUACAUCCGUCUCUGGCGACUCCAGCGGGGCGAGGUUACUCUUGCACCACCGGAAGGGGAUAAGGAUCCUGUGCUAGGUGGACUCGAACCGACGUUAUCAAAUAAAGCCCAUCAGUUCCAUGCGGCGGGAUUGAAGUAUUCUGUCACGUUUGAAGCCCUUCUGUUCGGAAACGAAGAUUGGAUAUACACUGCUGCAUGGAACCCCAGCCCUGAGCGCCAACAACUUCUCUCGGCUUCUGCAGAUAAUACGUUGACUAUCUGGGAACAGGAUGCCGUGUCUGGAGUUUGGGUUUCAGCUGAAAGGAUGGGGGAAAUCAGUGUCCAAAAGGGUUCUACUACAGCUACUGGCAGCACUGGUGGCUUCUGGAUUGGUCUCUGGUCACCUGACGGCAAACAAGUAGUAAGUCUAGGGCGUACAGGUAGUUGGAGGGCAUGGUCCUACGAUGCAAAUGUGGAUGUCUGGGUACAGACCCUGGGCAUAUCGGGUCAUGUCCGAUCGGUUAACGGUGUGCGAUGGGAACCUACCGGGGGCUAUCUUCUAUCUACCAGCGCUGACCAGACAACUCGACUUCAUGCACAGUGGCUACGAGGUGAAAAACAGUCGUGGCAUGAAUUCUCAAGGCCGCAAAUCCACGGAUAUGAUCUAAACUGUGUCGAUACAUUGGGGCCUGCGCGUUUCGUUUCUGGUGCAGACGAGAAACUUUUGCGAGUGUUCAGCGAGCCCAAGCCAAUUGCUAAGUUACUAGAGAAUCUUUCUGCCUUCAAGCAGUCUACAGAGACAGAACUGCCGGAUACUGCUCAGAUCCCCGUUUUGGGUCUAUCAAACCAGUCAAUGGGGGAAGAAGCUCCACUAGGUGAGGAGGCGAAGGCGGCUGAUGUUAGACAAUCCCAGGCGAAUCAAGCAAUACUGUCAGGUUCGGAACGGCCGCCAUUAGAAGACCAGCUAGCGCGAUACACAUUAUGGCCCGAGCACGAAAAACUCUAUGGCCACGGUUAUGAAAUAUCGGCUGUGGCUGUUAGUCAUGACCGCACAGUCAUAGCUACCGCCUGUAAGGCGAGCUCAAUAGACCAUGCAGUAGUCCGUCUCUAUGACACGUCGGAUUGGCAUGAAAUCCGACCUUCCCUUGCAGCACAUUCUUUGACUAUCACAAGCCUCUCGUUUUCUAGAGAUGACCUUUACCUCCUGAGUGUUGGCCGAGAUCGGCAAUGGGCAGUUUUCCGCCGCAGCGAACAAAACACUUCUACGUUCUCGCUUAUGGCAUCUCAUCCGAAGGGUCAUUCAAGGAUGAUAUUGGAUGCAGCUUGGGCCCCUGUGCAGGAGACUCACACUUUCGCCACAGCUGGUCGGGAUAAGUUAGUAAAAUUAUGGCAAAUGGCUGAAGGAUCGUUUGUAUGCAAGGCGACAAUUAAUCUGAAGAGCUCUGUCACCGCAAUAUCAUUCCUCCCACAAGUGCGGAUGGGUUCACUCUUCCUCGCGACGGGGGAGGAUAGCGGCGAAAUUUCACUCUAUAAACUUGCGGCUGACAGUCUAGAGGCCACUCAUCUGGGCAAUAUUGAUAAGCUCUCAUCACCCUCUAAGUCGAUUACACAGCUCGCAUGGCGACCUACUGAGAAAGACGAAAUAAACCAAGACGAAUAUAGUCUUAAGCUUGCUGUCGCUAGUGAAGAUACCUCGACGCGUAUAUAUGCUGUUUCUAAUAUGGUCUCGUGAGAUGAAGCAUGACUUGAAUAUGCAAAUUAAAAGCAAAGAUCAUUGGUCAGGUCUAUGAAUAUCGAACUCCUGGAAUGUUGAAUAUAUCCGCCGCGUUUGGCUUCACGUUCCUC